CGGUGAUUUUCUAAAAUAACGAAAAGCGAGAUCACCAAGAACAUCGAAAGUAGUGUUACCAUAAUGUCUUUUCCUACGAGGCAGGUCUCGAGGACUAUUCGGAACGCGUCAGGUUUCACCACAGCGAGAUGCAACUUUCCAAGAUGUCUGCUUACGGCUACACCAACACAAAGAUUGUGUUCGACGCGCACCAGCAAGCAACUGAGACUCCGUGAUCCCUCAUCACUACCUUCAAUGGCUUCUCGCAAUCAACAAAUACGAUUGCUAUCCGUCGAUUCGCAAGGAGAAUGGACUGCGCCAGACACAUCCUCCCGACCAGUCGCUGUACUUGGCGGAGGAGUUCUCGGUCGACGAAUCGCUUCUUCCUGGGUGGCUGCUGGAUACGAAGUUAUUCUAUGCGAUCUCAACGAACAGCAACGGAAUGCCGCAAUUCACUACAUUGAGCACAGCCGGGAAGAGUAUGCGAAGAUUACAAAAAAUGAACGCGAUCAUGCCAAGUUCAGUACCACCGAUGACAUGAAGUCGGCGGUUCAGAAUGCUUGGUUAGUCGUCGAGGCCCUGCCAGAAAAGCUCGAUUUGAAGAUUUCAAUGAUGGGACAACUCGACCAACACGCACCAAAGGACUGUAUACUGGCAUCUAAUUCAUCCUCAUACAAGUCACGGCUCAUGCUGGACAAGGUGGAUGAGAAGAGACGGCUGCGCGUGUGCAAUAUGCACUACUAUAUGCCGCCCGGUAACAAUGUCGUGGAGCUCAUGACCUGUGGCCAGACGCAUGGAGAUGUGCUUGAGUUCCUAAGAUCGAAGCUCGAAGAUGCGGGUAUGACUCCAGCUGUCGCGCGCAAGGAAUCGACUGGCUUCAUUUUCAACCGCCUAUGGGCUGCCGUGAAGCGAGAAACGUUAUUGAUCAUGGCGGAGGGCGUUUCAGAACCAAAGGAGAUUGACAAGCUCUUCAUGACUAUGUUUUCGAAUAGUCCAGUCGGUCCAUGCGGCAUGAUGGACGCUGUCGGAUUGGACACUGUGGCUUUCAUCGAGGACAACUACAUUCAGGAGCGACACCUGGAUGCGACUGCUAGAGACUGGCUGCAGAAGAAUUUUAUUGAUAAGGGCAAACUUGGCGCAAAGUCUGGGAAGGGUGGUCUCUACCCUCCAGGCGAGACGACAAAGGGUUCCAAAGACGAGGGUGGUCACCACGACAACCUUGCAGCACCGAGAUUGUACUUUCUCGAUAUCGGCAUGGGUAGCAACAUUAAGGACUUGCGAAAAUCUAUGACCUCUGGAAGUGUAAUGACAGCAUCUGCAGACGGUAGCAAUGUCCGCGAGCUAGUGGGUGGCCAGUCUCUCCCCGACGGCAUCGACGUCUCUAUCUCUGCUGGCAAGCUCUUCUGGACCAACAUGGGCAAGUCACCAUCUGAGAAUAACGGCAGUGUCAUGGCAGCAAAUCUCGACGGCUCCAACGUGCAGACCAUCAUCCCUGAAGGCAAGGUCCACACGCCAAAACAGAUCAAAAUCGACCACGACAACAAGAAACUCUACUUUUGCGACCGCGAGGGACUGCGCAUUCACCGUUGCGACUUCGACGGCGGCAACCACGAGAUCAUCCUCCAGACUGGCGACUACACUACCAGUGACAUCGAAGACCAAAAGAAGUGGUGUGUUGGUAUCGCAGUCGAUCCCAAGGCUGGAAAAUUCUACUGGACGCAGAAGGGCGGCUCGAAAGCAGGUCAAGGCCGCAUUUUCCGCGCAAACAUUCAAACACCAUCAGGCGAGACCGCGUCAUCGCGUUCUGACAUCGAGCUCCUCUUCGACAAGUUGCCCGAGCCCAUCGAUCUAGAGUAUGAGCAGGACAGCAAGACAUUGUACUGGACCGAUCGUGGCGAGUACCCUCUAGGCAACACUUUGAACUCCGCGCAUGUUGGCGGUGGAGACUUGAAGGUUAACUUGUUGGCGAGACACUUCCACGAGGCGAUUGGUCUGAAGAUUGAUGAGGUGAAUAAGCAUAUAUACAUUACGGAUCUGGGCGGCACAGUGUAUAGGUUCAAGAUGGAUGGGAGUGAGAAGAAGAAGAUUUAUGAGACAGAUGGCGCGUAUAGUGGUAUCGCGUUGGCGCAUUUGGGUUGAUUAGUGCAGAGGAUAGGGAUUUUUUGGAAUAAAAGGUCUGGUUCACUUUCACUCAA